AUGUCAGAAGUCACAGUCCUCUGCAAGGAACUCACCAUCUUACAGACUCGGCUGGAGGCCCUGGAAACAAGACUGACGACAAUGCUUCCAUCUCAUGUUCAACUAUCAAGCCACAAGCUCGCGACAGCCAAGGAUAAGACGGUGAAGAGCAAGGAAACGAUCUCGCAUGUUUCAGUUAAACAUUCAAAGAAAUCUUGCUCGGACACGAAGGGGAAUUCCCAAACCCUCCGAAGCCGUUCGUUUAAGGUGAUGCGACACCUCAUUAACGUUGUCGACAUUUCCCAUCUUGGAACGAUACCAGCUGAACGCCUUGAGAAUUCGUCGAACGACCAGACCUCGUUUCUGAAGACCACCGGAGCUGCCAGGAGAUCUGAAUCCAAGCAUUCAGGACUGGCCUACACGUCUGAUACACCUAAAAUCUUCCAUCCUAAACGUCCUCGCAAGGAAGUUCAGAUCACCGGGGCAUCGACAUUGUUCCAAUCACCAUCAAGCCCUAAAGGCCCUUUCUCAGCUACCGUGCUUCCAACAACAACAGAUUUGCAAAGACUGAUGAAAGACAAAUCAGUGCAGGAGCCUGUGAGACCUCCAAGUAGACUGGAGACGACUCUCAACGAAAGCUCUGACUCCUCUCGAUACCUGCACCCUAAGCGACCUCGCAAAGUCAAGUUUCCCAACAACUCGACUACUUUAAAUCAACAGUCAGAAGUGGUAUUUCCCAAGACAGCUGAGAUUUCUAUGGUCACAAGGACACCAGAAAACAUCCUGCCCGAAGUUUUUGCGUAUAACAAACUCGCACCUCGGCUGUGGACGAUUCUCACUCCUCAGCACGACCCUGGCUUAUGCUAA